AUUCACUACUUUCAAGGUCGAACGGCAGCAAACCUUCAAAAAUGUUUAUAUUUUUGUUUCCUGUUUACAUUUUAUUGCUUUUCUACAAGAAUGAAGUAUUGGCUAUUCGAUGUUAUCAGUGCGAUAGUAAUGAAGAUGAUUCGUGUCCAGCCGGAAGAUUUUUCGAUACUAGACUUAAUGCAAUGAUAGAUUGUGGUAGUUUUUUAUCACAUUCACCCGGAACAUUUUGUGUAAAAAUUUAUCAAGAAAGCACUGGUUGGCAUUCAUGGAUAAAAGUCACACGGACUUGUGGUGCACGAACUGACUAUGGUUUAGCCUGGAGUUGUCGUUAUUGGUUUGAAGCACAAGGUGUUUACAAAGAAGUCUGCUACUGCCAAGACAGAGAUGGUUGUAAUAAAACUACAACACUAUCCAUGAAUAACAAAGUUAUUUUACUCUUGACACUAUUUUUGUGUUUUAUUUUAUCAACAAAAUCGAUUUUUUUGUAAAUAAUCUUUUAUUAAGCUAUUCAAACUUUACAUUGUAUAUCAUUUGGCUUUUAGUUUGCUGUAGAGAUUUCAAAACAUUUAAAAUAUGUAAAGAAACUGUAAAUCAGUUCAUAAAGUUGUAAAAUUUCAUCAGCUGAUGAAGUUAAGUUAAAUGCUACACAUAUUCUUCCACUAGAUCCAUUAACAUACUUUGCUGAAAACCAUGAAAAUAGCUUUUUAGAUGAAUUCAUAUAGUCAUAUCAGAAUAUGUCAUUAGCUCAUGAAGUUAUUGAAUUUAGAUAUGAAAUUUCAUUAUAGAAUGCUACGGAGUUUUUUUAAUCUGAAAUUUCACACCACGUAUUAAAUUUGGUUGGACAACCAUUAAAAACCUAAAAGAAACUUGAUAGAUGUUUCAUCCAAAUUUGGGACUUCGUAACAGUGAAGUCACGCUCUUUCCAAUGAUCGAAUCCAGAAACGUCAGGCAUCACAGGGAGCGCCUAGCUUCUUAUUGGUUCACAUUCCUAAUAACAAUCAAUUUGUAUUAUUACCUGAUUGUCAUUAAAUGUAAUUAUUUAUCUCAUAUCUGACGUCGGAAAACUUCAUCGAUUACUUCAGCAAUUUUCUGUUAGCGUUAUACAUUUAUCACCACAUGACAAUUGUUGUUAUUGUGUUGCGGUGAUUUUAAAUGUAACAACUGUGAUAUAUCGUCAAUGGCGAUGACUGAACACUUAAAACUUCGCGGAUAACCUCGGUUAACAUUUCAUUAUUGGAUGGUUGAAUUUCACAAUUUGAUCACAAUGUAAACAUUUCAAAUUUAACAAGAAAAUGAAUUCAAUACCUGUAUUUGAGAAUAUUUUAUUUCAUGGAGUUCGACCUACUGAAG